UACCUUAAAAAAAUCUUCAUAGAAAUUGACAAAGGGAAUUAAAAAGCAUUAACUUCAUCAUCUUCCUAGACGCAAUAAUAUUAUAUUGUGCGGUUGGCAAUUACAAAAGAUUAUUCUUCUUCAUUCAUCACUUUCCUGUCUAAAGAUUUGUGGGAAAAACAAAAAUAAAAAUCAUGAACAUUUUAGCCUUUGCAGGUCUCCCUUUAUUACUUUUGCUCAUACCAAUCAUAGCUUUCCUGAUAAAAAUUUACAGUGGAAAGUCAAUCAACAAUCCAAAAUACCCACCAGUUCUUGGUACUGUGUUUCAUCAACUCAUAUACUUCAACAGGCUUUAUGAUCAUCAAACUGAGACUGCCAGAAAGCACUCCACUUUCAGGCUUCUUGGGCCUGUCGAGAGUGAGAUAUAUACCACCGAUUUGCAAAACAUUGAGCAUGUACUUAAGACCAACUUCGACAAGUACGCUAAAGGCAAGUACAACCAGGAUGUUCUUAGGGACUUGUUUGGCACAGGGAUUUUUGCUGUGGAUGGUGACAAGUGGAGACAGCAGAGGAAGGUUGCUAGUCUUGAAUUCUCAACAAGGGUGCUUAGAGAUUUCAGCUGCACAGUUUUCAGGAGAAGUGCAAUGAAAUUGGUCAGAAAAGUGGAAGAGUAUUCUCAGGCUAAUCAAGUGUUUGACAUGCAGGAUCUGCUGAUGAGAAGCUCACUGGAAUCUAUAUUCAAAGUGGGGUUUGGAGUGGAUUUGAAUUGCAUAGAAGGUGAAGGUCAAGGAUCAAGCAAAGAGGAAAGCAUAAUGUUUAUGAAGGCCUUCGAUGAUUCAAAUGAAUUGACAUACUGGCGCUAUGUUGAUCCAUUGUGGACGCUUAAGCGGUAUUUCAACAUUGGGUCUGAAGCUUCCCUGAGAAACAGCAUCAAAAUCAUCCGUGAUUUUGUUGACAAAGUGAUCACAGCCCGGAGAAAGCAGCUAGACUCUGAUCUUAAGAACGAGAAAGAGGACAUACUUUCAAGGUUUAUAAGGGAGAGCAAGAAGGACCCAAAGACAAUGAAUGAUGAGUACCUUAGAGAUAUCAUACUGAACUUCGUGCUUGCAGGCAAAGACUCCUCAGCAAACACUCUCUCCUGGUUUUUCUAUAUGCUCUGCAAAAACCCUCUAGUUGGAGAAAAAUUGGAUCGCGAAAUCGAAGAAGCAUUCAGAAACUUGAAGGAUGAGAAAGCUAGUAGCGUUGAAGAUUGCAUUGCCAGUGUUACAGAUGAUGAAGUUCUGCAGAAAAUGCCUUACCUUCAUGCAACAUUGACAGAAACCUUGAGACUAUAUCCCGCAGUCCCAACAGAUGGGAGAUGUGCAGAAACAGAUGAUGUUCUUCCUGAUGGAUUUAAAGUAAAGAAAGGAGAUGGUGUGUAUUACAUGUCUUAUGCAAUGGGGAGGAUGCCGUACAUUUGGGGUGAUGACGCAGAGGAAUUUCGACCAGAGAGAUGGCUAAAAGAUGGGGUUUUCAAACCGGAAUCACCAUUUAAAUUCAUUGCAUUUCAUGCUGGUCCAAGAAUUUGUUUAGGCAAAGAUUUUGCUUAUCGACAGAUGAAGAUUGUGGCCAUUGCUCUUCUACACUUUUUCCGGUUCAAACUGUCAGAUGACUCGAAGAAAGUGACUUACAGAACAAUGUUUACACUACACAUCAGUGGAGGCCUUCAUCUAACAGCAGUUUCAAGGAGAAAUUGAGUGUACUAAUGUGAAUGCAAAACACAUUUCUAGCAGAAUUUGUAUAUGAUUAUUAUAGCUAAUAUCCGGACUUCUUGUAUUA